AUGUCACGGAGAUCGGAACGGAUCCGCUCACGAGAGCCAACCUCCACUCCACCCCCGGUCCUAUUGGCAACUCAGCCGGAGGAAGUCAAUGAAAGCAGGCGAGAAGGUCUGGAAGCCCUCUCGGAGGAAGGAUUGGUUAGCUCAGGUGAAGAGGAUGAGGAGGACGCAGGAGGUAGGAAGGGGAAGAAGAAGAAUGGGAAGAAGAAGCGGACGGAAGCACAGACGGAGGAAGAUCCCAACCAGCUCAAGUGCCCGGUGUGUCUGAAGAAGGCUCCGAAGAAGUUUCACCAACAUCUUCUCCUCAGCCACCCUGAUCAUCACUACACCCCUCAGGAGCUUGCCAGGACAGAGUUCUCGGCGUGCGGAUGUGGGAAACCGGUCAAAGGUAGGAGAGGUUUCACUCAACACCGGACCACCUCGGGCUGUACAGCAAGGAUUGUCGAUCCUCGCUUGGGUGCAGUGGGCGCUUCUGAACCGACUGCUACCAAGAAGGCCACGUCAUCAUCGAAUCGCACUACUACCGAUCCUACAAACAUCGCACCCCGAGAACGAUCGAACGAUCAGUCGACUAGCCAACCUACGAGCGGCAACUGGAUGCCAAGGACCGACAGGGCCAGAUUGGCUUCGAAGUCCCCUGCCACCCAGCUGCUUACCGAAGUCGAAAUCGAGGCACGUCAUAGGCGGUUCCUCAGCCUUUCCUGCCUCCCAACUACCUACAAACGUCUCCAUCCUUCCGUCGCUACCGCCUUCAAAAACAAAGCUGGACAGUUAGCAGCAGAGUUCAAUGCUGAACCCAGUGAAGAGUCUCUCUUCCAUAUUCUAGCCCUCCCAAAGAUAGCCUUAGCGCAUGGUUUGAGAUCCGGUAGACUUCAGGCGAUCCGUCUCAUUGCUGAGUUCCCAGCUGUUCAAUGGCCUCAACCUCAUACCACUACCCGUGCUAAUCGUUCACGCGCGGAGGUGGCUGUCAGACAUCUCGAGUCUGGCAGGGUUGGUCAAGCUGCUCGUGCUCUGGAAGACAAUGGUCAAAUAGCUCCGGUCACGGACGAGGUCAUCAAGGCCUUGCGAGAAAAACAUCCAGACGGCCCUCCCGAACCAUUCUCCACACCUGGAUCUAGGCAUGACACCUUCCCGGUUGCUCCUGAAGAUGAUACGGCUGGACAGUCUCACUCCUCAAGCUAG